GCCAUGGCCUUCUAUCGCCGGGGUGGGGUGUGCGACCCCAAGCCCGGCAGGAAAGCUUUCGAGUUCGCGGUCAAGAAAGAGCGCAUUAGACAGUCUGGAAUGAUGCUGCGUGUGGUCGCCACGUCGUUGGCGACCGGGCUGCCGAAAUGGUGGCAAGAGACCGAUGAGCGCAUCAUCGAGGGCUGCGAGGCCUCCGGUGCGAUUGCACCACUGAUUUUUCCAAAGGAG